AUGGCAACAAAGCCUACCUCUCCGUGGAGGCCACUCUCCGUGUAUACUUUUGCCAUCUUUACCACUCUUACCUGCAUUGCCUUAUAUGCAGCUUCAUGGAGAGAUUCGGGCUUGAACUCUUAUUCCGGUAUUAUCGACGGCCGCAAUCUUCACGAUAAUGCAUCAUCUAGCUUUACCAAAAGGUCUGAUGCAUAUGACAAGGCAGUCACCAGGGGACGCAAGCUCCAUUGUCUUAUGGGUCUAACCCAAGAGGAAGCUAAGCAGGCCAACGGCGGGGCAUCGCUUGAAAGCCCCGACUAUCUUCAGCUCUAUCCUGGAAUAGAGGAGAACGAGGGCUGGAACGUUUACUACGAAGACCCGGAAGGGAACGCUCCCUGGUUUAAGAACUACCUAGAUCAAGCAUUUCGAGGGCUCGGAAUUGAAAAGAAGGUCCAUAACGAAGCUUGGUGCGACGAAGGAGGUGGACACAUCUUCAAGAAUCCCCUCGAUCCUGAUAUUGAUGAGUAUGAGGAUCACUGGAGUUCGGGGGCAUUUUACUUCACUUCUUACAUCAUCGACGCUGGUGUUGUAAUUGGAGAUAACGCACAAUCAGUCAAGCAUUCCUUCCACAAGAUGUUCCCUAACCUGGAGGGUUAUUAUACUAAGCAUAUGACACACCUUCAACAAUGGAGUGAUGUAGUAUGGUUACAGUGGUUGAAGGCCUGUAUGGAAGAAUCUGGCGAUGUCAGCAAUAUCAACUAUAUCUUCCAGUCUCAAAUCACAAACGCCGAUACCCUUGGAAUCCUUUUCGAGGCAUUGCUGAAAUGGGGGAGUCGAGGAGUCACUAUCGGGAAAUGGGAAGACCGAGUUACGCUCGAUGUAAGGAAGGAUGAAGACAAGGAAGCAUUCUACGCAUUCUUGGGCAGUCCCCAUGGGUCAAUGUCAUCCUAUCUUCUCUUGAAUCACAAGGAGAAGCUUGGUGUUAGGACAAUCAACAAGGUAGAUAUAUUUGUACCCAAUAUCCCAUGGACGAUUAUCGGGGAAGGUGCGUGA